AUGGCGCCUGGCGAGAUGCCGUUGUCGCCGUCGGUGCUGGUGCUACUGACGGCUUCCGAGGAGUUGGAUGAUGUGGGCGCCGCCGAUGUGGUCGCCGCCGACGUGGCCCAACUUUGGCUGAAUAUGAAGAAGUUACUGUCGCGGUCCUUGGAGCCCGAAACACCAGUCACGCACUGCUCCAUCCGGCAGUGCUGCUCCGGACUCUCCACAACCGUCCGUCUUGUCCAACGAGUAGCCGACCUGGCCUUCCUCACAGCAGAACAAGCCCUGGUUAUCAAACAUGACCUAGGAGGCAUUCGGGCACUUUGGCUCGAGUAG